ACGUCUGCGUCAGCGCGGCCGAUUCGAACGGGCGGCGGGCGGCACGGCGGGAGGGCGGCAGGAGGAAGAGGAGGAUGAAGCGCACGGCGCCCCGCAGCACUCUGCGGAAGAUCAUAAAGAUGCACAAGCCGCAGUUGCGCCUGGCGGCCAACGCCGACCUGCUGGUGCAUUUGAGCUUCUUGCUGUUUCUCCACCGACUGGCAGAAGAAUCCAGGACAAAUGCUUUUGAGAACAAAAGUAAAAUAAUUAAACCUGAGCAUGCAAUGGCUGCAGCAAAGGUUAUUUUAAAGAAAAGCAGAGGCUAGAAAACAGAAUAACGGAGUUUCACAGCAUGUGUUUCUGUGUUUUCUUACGAAUGUGGGAUCCUGUGAGCCAGCUUUUGCACUUGUGGAAGUAUUUACUUUUGUCGACAUCUGUCUCCUGACUCUGAGUAUCUUGCUGUUUCUUCAAAAAAAUAAUUCAAGACUCUUACAAUGUAUAUUUUAAUACACUUCCUGUAUAAUUCUAAAAUGUAUGUCACUUGUCAUUUAAGACUUUUGAUGUACCUUAUUUCUUCCAUAAUAAUAGAGGAAUGCCUAUACCACAGUCACUUUUUAGGUACAAUGUGUCAUUUAUUAUUGGAUGUGUGAGACUUUAAAAGGAGAACAGUAACAAAAGUGAAGGUUUCACUAAAUUCAUGAUAGAUUACGAAGUUCAAAGCAGGGUCACCAGCUAAACACAAUCUUGAGUUUCAAAACAAGUGCUAUAGAAAUUAGCGUAUUAAAUAUCUUGGCUUCAAUUUGUUUAUAAAUGUCUUAGGAAUUUUAAAUGACUUUGAAAAGUAGGGUAGAACUUCUGUGUUCUGGGAAAGAAGACACAUUUUGUAUUUCCCAGCCGUGCUGUGAGGCUGGCCUCCCGUUUGGUGUGUGUGGGACAGGCUGGGGGCUCUGCUUCGGUGGGUGCGACAGAUGGACACCAGGGGAGAGCAAAGCUGUGGCAGAGCCCAUGGUUUGGAGGUGGAAUCCCCUAAACUUGGGAAAGAUGAACUGGCACGAGUGCAAGCUUCUUCCUCCCUGCUUUGACUGUCAUCCUGACUUGGUAGAAGACUGGAAAUCUACAUUAUAUAAAAAUAUCUCUUUAAAUUAAUAUAAUUUUCUAUUCCUAAUCUGAUAUUUUUUAAACAAUUGCUGAAUACUUUGCUUAAUACAACUAUACCUUUGUUAAAAGAUUUAUCACAGUUUGACCUGAUAAUACAGGGUUUGGAAUAUGUGGUGGCUGAUCCUUCAUAUGCACAGUGAGCUAUUCUUAAAAUAAAGUUCCUGAAACCA